AUGAUCGCGUCUGCAUCCAGAGCACUCAUCUUCUUCCUCCUCCUCCUCAGUUCCCUCUCUCUACUAUUCUACCACCGAUGGUUUGACUGGAGGCUCUUUAAGCAUCAGAACCAGCCUCCUGCUCCUCGGAGAAAUAUCAGCAUCCUGCUGUGGCACUGGCCUUUCGGACGCUCUUACAGCCUGGAUGGGGACAAAUGUCUGGAGAUGUACAACAUCAGCAGUUGUUUCCUGACGGAUAACACCUCCACCUUCUCCACCGCCGACGUGGUGGUGUUCCACCACCAGGAGCUGAGCAGAGGUGUGGUGGUUCUGCCUGUCCACCUCCAUCGGCCGGUCUCCCAGCGCUGGGUGUGGAUGUCCCUGGAGCCCCCCGUCAACAAUGCAAACCUCCAGCAGCUUAACGGCCUCUUCAACUGGACGAUGAGCUAUCGACGUGAUGCUGAUAUCUCGGUCCCUUAUGGAAAAACGAUACUCGGAGCUGGAGACCAGCUCUAUCAGACCCCUUCUAAUCGCUCCUGCCUGGUCAGCUGGGUGGUCAGCAAAUACCUGCCAACCCAGGCUCGUUCUGUUGUUUACCAGAGUCUGAGAAAGUAUAUCCCCAUUCAGGUGUUUGGAAGGUGGAAUAACAAACCUCUGCCAGAGAAGAGGCUGCUUUCCACCAUCUCAAACUGUCUUUUUUACCUUUCCUUUGAGAACUCAGAGGCCAAAGAUUACAUCAGUGAGAAGCUGUGGAGGAACGCCUUUCAAGCAAGGGUCAUCCCCGUGGUUCUCGGUCCAAGCAGGGACACCUACAAGGCCUUGACCCCUCCCCAUUCCUUCAUUCAUGUAUCUGAUUUCAGGAGAACAGCGGAUCUGGCUGCUUACCUAAAGCAUGUGGCCUCAGACAGACGAGUCUACGAGGAAUACUUCCAGUGGCAUCGUACUCACAGAGUCAAAACCUACACUGACUGGAGAGAGCGGCUGUGCCACAUCUGUGUUAACUACUCCAGUUUACCAACCAGAAAGGUUUACCAGGACCUGGAGGGCUGGGUUCACAAAUAA